AUGUCAUAUAUGAACAAUACAUUUCAGUCGAAUUAUGAUUAUUCGAAAGACAAUAACUAUAUGUCGACCGACAUUGGGCCUUCGAUGCGGGAGUUAAAGGUACAAAACCGACGUAGCAGGCCAAUGGAUAAUCCAGGAGCAGAUAAUCCAUAUAUUCCCAAGUUCAUCUCGACGGCUCCAUGGUAUGCGCAAGACGAACAAGCUGUUGAAAGGUUGGCACAUCAACGUCUAGGGAAAAAAGAACCACCCAGUGGUGGACGUUCUUCUAUCGAAGAAUCAUGGUAUGUUCGUGGUAAGAGAGCUGGACCUGCUGCGACUAAAUAUAGGAAAGGCGCCUGUGAGAACUGUGGUGCAAUGAGUCAUAAACUUAAAGACUGUAUGGAGCGUCCCCGGAAGCGUGGUGCCCGGUGGACUGGAAAAGAUAUUCAAGCAGAUGAAGUUAUUCAAAACGUUGAUGUCAGUUGGGAUGCCAAACGUGACCGAUGGAAUGGCUUUGACUCUAGUGAUUAUAAAAAGGUGAUUGAACGAUAUGAAAAGAUUGAUGCUCUACAGAAAAAACAUGCCGAUACGGAAAAUCAAACAGAAGAUGUGAGUGAUACCGGGAAAAAUACGCCUUCAUCUACGAAAGAGGAAGGAUUCAAUGGUGGAUCUAAUUCUAGCGUAUCAACUCCUAGUUUACGUAUGCGUGAAGAUGUUGUUGGUUAUUUACGUACCGAUAAUAAAGGUCUUCAGUACGAACCGAAGUCGAGGUCUAUGCGUGAUACCACUGGUUCUCAUCUUUUGAGCGAUUCCACUAAUGAGUCUGGUUUCGUGAAAGCUUCUGGAGGAGAUAAGGAUGAUUUUGAAAAGUUGCAAACUUUUGCAUGGGAAGCUGAAAAGUUUGGAAAUCGUAUGCAUGUAGUAGCGAACCCGACAGCCGGUGAGAUGGAGUAUCGGAAGAAUCGCCAAUCGAAAGCUGCUAGUCAAAAACAAAUUGAACAAAGUAUAUUAGAAAAGUAUGGAGACGGUACAGCAAAAAGGAAACGUCCUGCAGGACCAUCUUUUCCUUCAGACCGGUCGUUGGAUUCUGCCUCUAAUCAUCAAGCUGCCUCGAAAGAGGAAGAUGCUUCGCAAUCAGAAUCAAAGAGAGAAAAGUCAAUUAGCGCUGAGAACGUUACUAUUCUCGAAGAUGAUUUUUAA